AUGUUUUUUUUUCCUUUUUCUUUUCCUUAUUAUAAUUUUUUAACACUUUGCUUCUUCUUCAAUUUUUCUUCAUUCAAUUUUUUCUCUUUCAUUUUUAGUCUUUUAACACGACAUUAUUUCUUUUUCCUUUCACAUUCUAUAUUUCUAUUCACUUCACCUAGUUCUUUCCCUUAUUUAGUCUUUUCUUUCUUACGCUUUUUUUAUUUCUUUUCUCAUUUCCACUUCGAUCUUCCGGUCUUUCUAUGCUUUAUCAUAUUUAUUCUUCCUUCGUCCUUCAAUCAUUUUACAUAUGUUUUGGGUUUUUUCUUUCAUUCGUUUUUUGUUUCUUUGUUUUUAUACUUUUCCGUCUUAUUUUCUUUCCUUCUUUUUCCCUUUUCUAUAUUAUUCGUUUUCUUUCUUUUUUACUUACUUUCUUUCUUUCUUUUUUUAACAUUUUUCAUCUCACUUUCUUUCCUUUUUUGCCUUUUUUCAACUUGCUCGCUGUCCAUUUUAAUUUUUCUAUCUUUCUUUUCUUCUGGCUUAACUUUUUCCAACUUACACACUAUCUUACUUUUUUUAAAUUUAUUCAAUUUUACUAUUUUUCUUUCAUUUUCACUUUUUUCGAUCUUAAUCGAUUUCCUUCUUUUUAGUUGUUCCUUCUCACUUUCUUUCUUUCUGCCUUACCUUUUUUUCAAAUUACUUUCUUUUUUUUUACUUUUUUUUUCCAUUUCACUUACUUUCCUUCUUUUUUACCAUUUUCCAUUUUACUCGCUUUCAUUCUUUUAUUUUUCCAUUUUAAUUUCUUUCUUUCUUUUAUCUGUUUCUAACAUACUUGCUUUCCUUCUUUUCACUUUUUCCAUCUUUCUUUUCUUCUUUUUUCACUUGUUCCAACUUACUCCCGUACCUUCUUUUUACUUUUUUCCUUCUUUCUUUUCUUCUUUUCACUUUUUCCAUCUUUCUUUUCUUCUUUUUUCACUUGUUCCAAUUUACUCACGUACCUUCUUUUUACCUUUUUCUAUCUUACUCAUUUUCCUUCUUUUUAAGUUUUUCAAUUUUACUUUCCUUCUUUCUUUUUUUAUGUUUCCAACAUACUCGCUUUCCUUCUUUUUUACUUUUAACAUCUUACUUUCUUUUCUUCUUAUCUGUUUCCAAAAUAUUUGCUUUUCUUCUUUUUACUUUUUUUCUUUCUUUCCUCCAUUUUCAUUUUUUCCAAGUUACUUAUCUUCUUUUUUACCUUUUCCCAUCAUACUUGCGUUCUUCUUUUAUAUCAUUCUUUCUUUCUGUUUUCUUUCAUUUUUCUUUCUUUCGGUAUCGUUUCAUUUUCUAUUUACGAUUGUUUACAUUCAUUUUCAUAUUUUUCAUUGUUUCUUUUUAAUCACCCUUUUCUCAGUAUUUUUCAAAUCUUCCAGUACCGAUGUACUUAUUUAUUUUUAUCACUUCUUUCUUUCUUCUUUCUCCCGUAUGAAUGAUUGCCUCUUUUCGUUUUUUUUAUUUUUUUCCUGUUUUGUUUUGUUUUUAUUUACAUCUUUCUCUUUUUUUAUUCAUUAUAUACUACCAUCCCACUUUCUUUCUUUUUAUUUCUUUUUUCUUUCUUUCUUUUUUUCUUUCUGUAUUUAUUUAUUUCUAAUUAUUUCGUUUACAUCUUUUUAUUUGAUCCCAUACUUUUUUCUUUUUUUGUCUCUUUCUCUCCAUCUAUACUUUGCUUGCUUUUCCCUUUUCUAUGCCUUCUUUAAUUCAUUUUUCUUCGUUGUUACUAUAUUACAUUUUCUUUCUUUCUAUUUUCCUGUCAUUUCUUUUCUUUGUUUCCUUCUUGUCAAUGCUUUUCUUUCUUUGCUUCUUGUCAGUUCUUGUCUUUCUUUGCAUCUUGUCAGUUCUAUUCUUUCUUUCCUUGAUUCUUAUCAGUUCUUUUUUUCUUUCCUUGAUUCUUAUCAGAUCUUUUCUUUCUUUCUUUUCUUUCUUUCCUUGAUUCUUAUCAGUUCUUUUCUUUCUUUCCUUGAUUCUUAUCAGUUCUUUUCUUUCUUUGCUUCUUAUCAGUUCUUUUCUUUCUUUGCUUCUUGUCAGUUCUUUUUCUUUCUUUCUUUGAUUCUUAUCAGUUCUUUUUUUUUUUCUUUUGCUUCUUUUCUUUUCUUUCUUUUUUUUUUUUAUCAGUUCUUUUCUUUUUUAUUCUUAUCAGUUCUUUUCUUUCUUUGCUUCUUGUCAGUUCUUUUCUUUCUUUCCUUGAUUCUUAUCAGUUCUUUUCUUUCUUUGCAUCUUUCAGUUCUUUUUUUCUUUCUUUUCUUAUCAGUUCUUUUUCUUUCUUUUCUUCUUCUUUUCUUUUCUUUCUCUCUUUCUACUCUUUUCUUUCUUUCUUCUUAUCAGUUCUUUUUUUUUUUCCUUGAUUCUUAUCAGUUCUUUUUUCUUUCUUUUCUUCUUAUCAGUUCUUUUUUUCUUUCUCUCUUUUUUCUCUCUUUUCUUUUUUUGCUUCUUAUCAGUUCUUUUCUUUCUUUCCUUGAUUCUUAUCAGUUUUUUUUUCUUUCUUUUCUUCUUAUCAGUUCUUUUUUUUUUCUCUCUUUUCUUUCUUUGAUUCUUAUCAGUUCUUUUCUUUCUUUCUUUGAUUCUUAUCAUUCUUUUCUUUCUUUCCUUGAUUCUUAUCAGUUCUUUUCUUUCUUUCUUUUCUUCUUCUCCAUUCUUUUCUUUCUUUCCUUGAUUCUUAUCAUUCUUUUCUUUCUUUGCUUCUUGUCAGUUCUUUUCUUUCUUUCUUUGCUUCUUAUCAUUCUUUUCUUUCUUUCCUUGAUUCUUAUCAGUUCUUUUCUUUCUUUCUUUGAUUCUUAUCUGUUCUUUUCUUUCUCUCUUUUUUUCUCUACUCUUUUCUUUCUUUGCUUCUUAUCAUUCUUUUCUUUCUUUGCUUCUUGUCAGUUCUUUUCUUUCUUUCUUUGCUUCUUAUCAGUUCUUUUCUUUCUUUCCUUGAUUCUUAUCAGUUCUUUUCUUUCUUUCCUUGAUUCUUAUCAGUUCUUUUCUUUCUCUCUUUUUUUUCUUUUUCUUUUUUUCUCUUUCUUCUUAUCAGUUCUUUUCUUUCUUUCCUUGAUUCUUAUCAUUCUUUUCUUUCUUUCCUUGAUUCUUAUCAGUUCUUUUUUUCUUUCUUUUCUUCUUAUCAGUUCUUUUCUUUUUCUUUGCUUCUUGUCAGUUCUUUUCUUUCUUUCUUUUUUUAUCAGUUCUUUUCUUUCUUUCCUUGAUUCUUAUCUUUUCUUUUUUUCUUUCUUUCUUAUCAUUCUUUUCUUCUUUUUUCUUUUCUUUCUUUGCUUCUUAUCAGUUCUUUUUUUCUUUCUUUCUUUUUUGCUUCUUAUCAUUCUUUUCUUUCUCUCUUUUUUUUUUUCUUUCUUUCUUUUGCUUCUUAUCAGUUCUUUUCUUUCUUUCCUUGAUUCUUAUCUGUUCUUUUUCUUUCUUUUCUUAUGUUCUUUUCUUUCUUUGCUUCUUGUCAGUUCUUUUUUCUUUCUUUGCUUCUUAUCAGUUCUUUUCUUUCUUUCCUUGAUUCUUAUCAGUUCUUUUUCUUUCUUUUUUGCUUCUUAUCAUUCUUUUCUUUCUUUCUUUCUUCUUCAGUUCUUUUCUUUCUUUUCCUUGAUUCUUAUCAGUUCUUUUUUUCUUUCUUUUCUUCUUAUAGUUCUUUUUUUCUUUCUCUUUUUUUCUCUCUCUUUUCUUUCUUUGCUUCUUAUCAGUUCUUUUCUUUCUUUCCUUGAUUCUUAUCAGUUCUUUUUUUUUCUUUCUUUUCUUCUUAUCAGUUCUUUUCUUUCUUUUGCUUCUUUUCUUUUCUUUCUCUCUUUUUUUCUCUACUCUUUUCUUUCUUUGCUUCUUAUCAGUUCUUUUCUUUCUUUCCUUGAUUCUUAUCAGUUCUUUUUUUCUUUCUUUUCUUCUUAUCAGUUCUUUUCUUUCUUUGCUUCUUUUCUUUUCUUUCUCUCUUUUUUCUCUACUCUUUUCUUUCUUUGCUUCUUAUCAGUUCUUUUCUUUCUUUCCUUGAUUCUUAUCAGUUCUUUUCUUUCUUUCCUUAAUUCUUAUCAGUUCUUUUUUUCUUUCUUUUCUUCUUAUCAGUUCUUUUCUUUCUUUGCUUCUUGUCAGUUCUUUUCUUUCUUUCUUUGCUUCUUAUCAGUUCUUUUCUUUCUUUCCUUGAUUCUUAUCAGUUCUUUUUUUCUUUCUUUUCUUCUUAUCAGUUCUUUUCUUUCUCUCUUUUUUUCUCUACUCUUUUCUUUCUUUGCUUCUUAUCAGCCCUCUACUUUAAAUGCUUACACUAUUCAUUACGCCCUCUUCCUUUAUAUGCUCCCCCCUUCAUUACGCCCUCUCCUUUUAUAUGAUUCUCUAUUCACUUCACCAUCUACAUUAUAUGCUCCUCUCUUCGUUACGACCUCUAACUUUAUAUGCAAUUCUCUUCACAACGCCAUCUCCCUUUAUAUGUGUCUCCCUUCAUUACACCCUCUUCUUUAUAUGCUCCUCUCUUCGUUACGACUUCUACUUUAA